GUUCACAGUUGCAGACAAAGGAUGGAGUUGAUUUUUCUAUCUUGAGAACAUCACUAGCUUUUUUGUGACCUUUUCUCUUCUUUCUGAAUUCAUGGAUACUGCUCAAUGGGAACAGGAGAUUGGAGUGGUGAAACCAAUGAUAGAGAUAGCUCCUAAUACAUGCUCCAGACCUGGGCUAGAGAGAAAGAUGAGGCCACAAAAGGACCAAGCCUUGAACUGUCCAAGGUGUGAUUCAACCAAUACCAAGUUCUGUUACUACAACAACUACAGUCUCUCCCAACCAAGAUACUUCUGCAAGACUUGCAGAAGGUACUGGACUGAGGGCGGUUCUCUCAGAAAUGUUCCUGUUGGUGGAGGUUCGAGGAAGAACAAAAAAACUACUGCAUCAUCAUCAACAUCUAUAUCAGCUUCAACCCAUAAACUUCCUGAUCUAAACCCACCAAGCUUCUUACAGUUUUCUUCUCAAAAUCCUGAGACUCAUGAAGGCCAAGAUCUUAAUCUAGCUUUCUCAGCUGCCCAAGACAACCGUGGUGUAUCUCAGUUCCUUGAAUUCCCCACAAUUGUAAGCCAUGACUUUAAUCACCCCAACCCCAACCCCAACUCUUCUUCUACUUCAAUACCUCUUUCAGCCCUAGAGUUGCUUAGGACUGGAAUUGCUUCUAGGGGUUGA